GCAAACAGACGAUAAUUGAUAAUUGUGUGUGAGACACAGUUGUAGCACCAUGUGUGGUGGCACCCUACAUUUCCCAUCAUGAAUUGCUCGCUCUAAUCUUAACUAGUACUCCGUAAUUCUUAUGGAACCAGCAGAGCUCGAUAGGCUGAGCAAUGGCCGGAGCUUCAGACAAGGACCGAAUCAACUCCGCUGCACGCAGGGUGGCCUCCGUCUCCAACCACCUCUCGCCGGCGCAAUCGCCUCCGCCGCUUCUUUCCUCGAUUAGACCGUCGAUUUGCAGCUCUUCCCUGAACGAUAGCUACCACAGAGUCCACGGCGAAGUCCCCACCCACGCGCCCGUUUGGGAAUCGGUGCCUUCCGAUGAGUCCGGCAAGGAGUUCACUGACAUCAUCUACGAGAAGGCUGUUGGGGAAGCCAUUGCUAAGAUAACGAUUAAUAGACCAGAAAGAAGAAAUGCUUUCAGGCCUCACACAAUUAAGGAACUUAUUCGUGCAUUUGAUGAUGCCAGGGAUGAUGGUUCCGUGGGGGUCAUCAUCCUCACUGGGAAGGGGACUGAGGCAUUUUGCAGUGGGGGUGAUCAGGCAUUAAGGAAUAAGGAUGGCUAUGCUGAUUAUGAAAAUUUUGGCCGUCUCAAUGUUUUAGAUUUACAGGUUCAGAUUCGCCGUCUUCCAAAGCCUGUAAUUGCAAUGGUUGCAGGUUAUGCUGUUGGGGGAGGACAUGUGUUGCACAUGGUUUGCGACUUGACCAUUGCAGCUGAUAAUGCUAUAUUUGGUCAGACUGGACCGAAGGUAGGGAGCUUUGAUGCGGGCUAUGGGAGUUCCAUAAUGUCUCGUUUGGUUGGUCCAAAGAAGGCUCGCGAAAUGUGGUUUUUGACGAGGUUUUAUAGUGCAUGUGAUGCAGAGAAAAUGGGGCUUGUAAACACUGUUGUCCAGUUAGAGAAGCUGGAACAAGAAACUGUAAAAUGGUGUAGAGAGAUACUAAGAAACAGCCCGACUGCCAUUCGGAUCCUUAAAUCGGCUCUCAAUGCUGUUGACGAUGGGCACGCUGGACUUCAGGGGCUGGGAGGAGAUGCCACACUACUAUUCUACGGAACCGAGGAAGCCACCGAGGGGAAGAAUGCCUAUGUGCAACGCAGGCGGCCCGAUUUCUCUAGAUUUCCCAGGUUACCCUAGCAGCAUUGUAUAUUUGCCUGGUUUGGGGAAUCAAAUGUUUAAUUUAUUGAAAAAUUUCAUUAUCCAGUUGUUUGGCUGGCCACAAAGAUGAGGUCUUUGGCAUUUAUGCCCUCAAACCGAACUGUUCUCUAAGGGGCAUUAUUUGGAUGAGGUCUUUGGCAUUUAUGCCCUCAAACCGAACUCUUCUCUAAGGGGCAUUAUUUGGUUGAGGUCAAAACCAGACUAUUCACUCGUUUACAACUAAAUGACUGUUUUACUC